GUGAGAGCAGCACACGCUGUCGGCAACAGAAUGAGCGUGUCCGCGCUCUCUCCCGCUAACAGCACUCUCUAAGAGACCAUUCGCCCCCUCCCACAUCUUACAGUCCCUGCCAGACGUUAAGAGCAGAUCCAGGGCUAUCUCUCUCUCUCUCUCUCGUGGGAGAAAACCACAAGAGAGAACUCCUCCACUUUUUCCCCUCCUUAUUUCUCUCUCCGACUUGCACUCUGAGGGAUUAUGCCGGUAGUUGGCAUUGCAUCGAAACUCCGGCAGCCAGCUGUGGGGUCCAAACCCAUCCACACUGCACUGCCCAUCCCCAAUCCUGGGAGAAGCAGCAUGGCACAUGGACUCUCACCCAGGAGCUCGGAGCUCAGAGUCACAGAAUCUUCUUUGCUCUCCUGUCAGCUGUCACUCAAGACGGAGAUCCAUGAUAGGAGGUCAAGCUUGGUCCCGGCUCCAGCCACAACUUUGGCACGUAGUAGCAGAGAGGCAGAGGAGAGCAAGAUCUGUAAGAUCUACACUGAUUGGGCGAACCAUUAUUUGGCCAAGUCCGGCUGUCCGAGGCUUAUUAAGGACCUGACUCAGGACAUACCCGAUGGAGUUCUGCUGGCAGAAAUCAUCCAGAUAAUAGCUAAUGAGAAAGUAGAAGAUAUCAACAGCUGCCCCAAGAGUCACUCUCAAAUGAUUGAGAAUGUGGAGGCUUGUCUGAAUUUCUUAGGGGCCAGAGGAGUCAGUGUUCAAGGGCUCUCUGCUGAAGAAGUGUGUAAUGGGAAUCUGAAGAGCAUCCUGGGUCUGUUCUUCAUCCUGUCUCGCUACAAGCAGCAACAGCAGCACCAGCAGCAGUACCUGCAGUCGUUAGUGGAGCUUCAGCAGCACGUCACACAUCAGACCACAGGGGCGGCGCCAGCGAGCCAACACAAAUCACAAGACAUGCAGUCCAGUCUCACCGCACGAUAUACAAGUCCACCAGGUCACAGUGGAAUAGCAGCCCCUCAGAAGAAAAACACAAGGUUACCAGGUCCCUCCAGAGUCCCCGCUGCAGGCAGCGGCAGUAGCAGUAGUAAAGCCCACGGAUCCUUAAACCUGAACAGACGAAGCCAGAGCUUCAACAGUAUUGACAAGAGCAAACCACUUCAGUAUGCUAGCGGCAAUGACAGAGAGUCGGUGAAGGGCAUUCCUCUACCAGGCAGCAUGAACAGCAGUGGUGUGGUGCCUUCCAGCACCAGCGGGCAGCAGCUGGCCUCUGCCAUCCCCUCUCCCACUGCUGGAAAAUCCUGGCGCAGCAAGUCCAUGAACAUGAAGCACAGUGCCACCUCGUCUAUGCUGGCCACCAAGCCACCCAGCCCAACCACUUCCCCAACCCCUCCCUCAUCAUCCGAUCGUCUCCGUCCUCCAAUCACAGACUCCUCCAAAUCAGCUCCCGGCAACCAGCGCUCCAUGUUGGAGAAAUUCCGGCUCAUCAACCCUCGAUCCGCUUCCAGAACUUCUCCCUCGGUGGCUGAAAUGGCUCUCCAGGAGGAGGACGAUUUGUCUGAGUUUGGAGAUGAGGGGACCUUCAGUCCCACACCACCUUGUGGGAUCUCAAAACAGCAGGGCAAGACCCCAGCAUCCUCCUUUCCACCCCCAAACAAGACCAAUAACUGCAAGAACCAGAACAAUAAGUCCUUGCCACAACCCAAAGACAAAGAGGACAAGAACAAGACCAAGAGCAAAGCAAGCACGCCACCCAAAGAGGAGCCAGUAAUAGUUGAGGCAUCUAAGAAAGGCUCCAAGAUUGCCAGCCUCAUCCCCAAAGGAAACAAAACGUCCACAGCCUCAGUGAAGAAAGAAAGUGCAAUCCCCGCCUCUAGCGGCAUCCCCAAGCCUGGUCUGAAGGCUCCAACAGCAACUGCCAAGCCUGCAGCUAGCCAAUCCAGUGUACCUGCAACUAGUGUACCUGCUACAGGUGGUGAGAAAACCAAACUUAGUAAAGGUGGUCAGUCUAUAUAUAUGCAGAGAUCUUUGGGAGGAUUGGAGAAUCGGAAGACCAGCAUGGUGUCAUCAACAAGUACCUCAGCACUUUCUGGAUCCGCCACAUCUGGGCUGGGUGGUGGAGGAGCUCUAGGAGGUAACGGGGCAGUACAACUUCCCCAGCAGCAACAACACAACCAUCCCAACACGGCAACUGUCGCCCCCUUCAUGUAUCGGACGUAUUCAGAGAAUGACUGCACUACUGUGGUCCCCCCUGAACCGUGUCUCAGUCCCACAAAAGACCUGGUCUACGGCAAGACCGCUAAACAGUGCCUGGAGGAGAUCUCAGGGGAGGAUCCAGAAACUAGACGAAUGCGUACAGUGAAGAACAUUGCCGACCUGAGACAGAAUCUUGAAGAAACCAUGUCUAAUUUACGCGGGACGCAGAUUAGCCACAGUACCCUUGAGACAACAUUCGACACCACUGUAACUACAGAAGUGAACGGUCGUGGCCUCCCCGCCCUCUCAAGCCGCUCCUCCCCAAUGUCUUGGCGUCUCGGCCAAGCGUCGAGUCCCCGUCUUCAGGCCGGCGACGCUCCUAGCUACGCUCCGCCCAGAUCCAGUGCCAGCACCACUGCUCGCUAUGGUGACCCCUCGAGGUUAUUAUACACUGCCCCCCUGAGGAGAGCGGCCGCCUCAGGGGCUCGAGGGCCAGAGCCGGGAGAGAAGGGUGGGGUCUUGGAGACGGGGCCUGAGGUGGAUGUGACCGGAUACGGGAGCGAUGGUGACAUACUCGCCAAGAAUGUACACGCAGAUAAUAUCAGCGGGUACCACACUGAUGGGGGCCUUUACUCUCGGAAUGUCGACCUCUACUCUCGAAAUGUUGGACGCCCACCUGAGAUGCCACCUGCUCAAGAGGUCGUUCAGAAAGGGGUCAAAGAGAUGCAAGGGGAAGACAGCUGGGAUGACAGUAGUUCAGUCAGCAGUGGUUUGAGUGAUACUUUAGAUAACAUCGGCACUGACGAUCUGAAUCCAUCCACAUAUUCUGGCAUCUCAUCUCGCAAGAGCAAAGCAGCACAGUCAAAUAAAGAUACGCACAGACAUACCGAGCAGGAUGCUAGCAGCUGGGCUGGUGCUGAGGAUCUGAAGAAGGUUGAUGAAGAGAUGGAGCCAGGAAUGGACAAGUGGAAGACUUCAUCCCCUUCCUCUUCAUGUCAGGGUGAGGAUGUUGGCCAGAAGACAGGUUUGUCCAUGUCUCAAACAGGCUCCUGGAGGAGGGGCAUGAGUGCCCAGGUUGGCAUCACGCCACCAAGGACCAAAGGCACAUCCACUUCUCUCAAAACACCAGGUAAAACAGAUGAUGUCAAAGCGUCUGAGAAAGUUAAAGCCCCAUCUAAGAGUCCAAGUAUUCAGCGCUCACCAUCAGAUGCGGGCAAGAGUAGCGGAGAUGAAGGGAAGAAGCCACCAUCAGGCAUUGGUCGGCCGCCAACCACAAGUUCCUUUGGCUUUAAGAAGAUUUCAGGUCCCGCUGGAGCCCUCAUCACAGCCAGUGGAGCAACUCUGUCAAGUGGUUCUGCUACUUUAGGAAAGGUACCCAAGUCUGCAGGCAUCGGGAAAGGCACAGGAAUUGGCAAUGGGCGGAAGACGAGUCUUGAUGAUGCUCAACACCAGGACGACGCUGUUUUGUUAGGUUGUGGAGGCUCAAAGGUUCCACUCCAGUAUCGCUCCCUACCUAGACCAGCAAAGUCAUCUAGUGGGGGAAGCAGCGUGGUGGGCCACAGCGGGCAUCGUUCUAGCUCUAGCAGCAUUGAUUCAAAUGUCAGUGGAAAGUCUGCAGGAGGUAGUGGAGGGGUGGCAGGAACCCCAACCAGCACAAAGAGAAGAGACCCUGGGAAAGUAAGCUCAGGACGCUCAAGUCCCAUCACCAUCAACCAGACUGAUAAAGAGAAAGUGGCAGGGUCAGAUCAGGAGGGAACAGGGUUGUCUACCUCCCCCAAAUCCAGUCCCACGUCCACCCAAUCUGGACUCAGACAGCCAGGCUCCAAAUAUCCAGACAUUGCAUCCCCCACAUUCCGCAGGUUGUUUGGCAGUAAGGCCAGCAGUAAACCCAGUUCCCCUGGCACCCCUGACUCUGGUAAAUGCCCAUCAGCACUGAGCAGCCCUCAUGGCACACUGGCACGGCAGGCCAGCCUGGAUUCACCCUCCUCAGGAACAGGUAGCCUGGGCAGCAUGGGUGGGCAGAGCGGAGGCAGCAGCCCACUAUAUGGCAAAACCCCCGACCUGUGUACAGACUCCCCGGCAUCUAGUCCGGCGUCAGGCCUCUCUCUGCCCUCUAACGCCCGGCCUUGGCCACCAAACCUCAGCAGUUCAUCUGCAGGCAGUAAAGACACACUGAGCUGCCACAGUAUGACCAGUUUACACACAAGCUCAGAGUCCAUCGACCUGCCGCUCCCACACCACCAUGGGCCAAAAGUCACCCGCACAGGCAGCGUCAAAUCCACCCUCUCUGAGGGCAUGCCUCUUGACAGAAACACUCUCCCCAAAAAGGGAUUAAGGUACCCUCCAUCCUCCAGACAGACGUCACAUGAGGAAGGAAAGGAAUGGUUGCGUUCUCACUCCACUGGAGGACUGCAGGACACAGGAAGUCCACUUUCACCACCGGGCACAACCAGCACCAACACUGGCAAAUACCACUACUCAAACCUGCUGAGCCCCACCAGUAUGUCGCAGUAUAAUCUUCCCAGCACCAGUAUGAGCCGCUCCAACAGUAUUCCAGCACAGGACUCAUUUGAGCUGUAUGGGGAGGGGCACACUUUGGGGGGCAGUGCCACCUCGCUGGAGGAACGACCACAUGGGAUGAGCCGGUCCGGCUCCUUCCGGGACAGCACAGAUGAAGUUCAUGGCUCUUCUCUGUCUUUGGUCUCGAGCACAUCCUCUUUGUAUUCUGCGGUGCUGGCAUUUUUAGACAAGACAGAGGAGAAGGCCCACUCAGAGGGCCAAACAGUCCAAAAUACAACGCAAAUCAGAAAACUGCGGAGAGAGCUGGAUGCUUCUCAGGAGAAAGUGGCGACCCUGACCUCUCAACUGGCAGCCAACGCACACCUGGUGGCGGCGUUUGAGAAAAGUCUGACGAACAUGACCUGUCGACUGCAGAGUCUAACCAUGACAGCGGAGCAAAAGGAGUCUGAGCUUGCAGAGUUAAGAGAGACCAUUGAGGCAUUGAAAGCUCAGAACACAGAUGCUCAGACGGCCAUUCAAGUGGCCCUCAACGGCCCCGAUCACAUUCAUAAAGACCUGAGGAUCCGUCGACAGCACUCAUCAGAAAGUAUGUCCAGUAUUAACAGUGCAGCCAGCCACUCCAGUAUGGGUAGCACUAAAGAUGCAGAUGACAAGAAGAAAAAGAAGAAAAGCUGGGUGGCUGAUUCCAUCCCCGCCCAGUUGCGGAGCUCCUUCAAGCAGGCCUUCAGCAAGAAAAAGAGCAACAAGCCCCAGUCGUCUCACGAUGAGAUUGAAGAGAUGACUGAUUCCUCCCUCCCUUCUUCACCCAAACUACAACACGCCAACAGACAGACCAGCACCCCCCAACCACUGCGCUCUUCACCCUCCACCACUGAAAAGUGUUUUUGCGAUAGCAAGUCCUCCCCAAUUUGGAUGCCAAAGAAAAAGUCAAACGGUCAUGUGGUCUACAAGCACAGAUCUCGACUGUGUGAAUGUACAGAGGCCGAGGCAGAGAUCAUCCUCCAGCUGAAGAACGAGCUGAGAGAGAAGGAGCUGAAGCUGACUGAUAUCAGGCUGGAGGCGUUAAGCUCCGCCCACCACCUUGACCAGAUACGAGAAGCCAUGAACCGCAUGCAGAAUGAGAUUGAGCUGCUGAAGGCUGAGAACGACAGACUGAAGUCCAGCGGCAACACCACACCUGCUGCCACACCUGCUAAAACAGCCCGUCCCCCUUCAGAAACCUCCAGCACAUCCUCCUCAUCCUCACGGCAAUCUCUGGGGCUGUCGCUGAACAACCUCAACAUCACAGACACCAUAAUGUCAGAUAUUCUGCUGGAUGAUGGCUAUGAGGGCAAUCUACGCAAAGAGGGCAGAAGUGUCCGUAUAGUGGUCACCAUCAACAGCGACUCCAACAAAACCAAGGCUAUGCAGAAGAAGGAGUAUCUGAUUGGCUCCAUUGGCGUCAGCGGCAAGACUAAGUGGGAUGUUUUGGACAGUGUAAUACGGCGCUUGUUUAAGGAGUAUGUGUUCCGUGUGGAUCCAUUGACCAGUUUGGGCCUGAAUUCGGAUAGUAUAGUGUGCUACAGGAUGGGGGAUGUGAUCCGAUCUCAUGCUUUCGAGGUUCCUGAACUCUUGCCGUGUGGAUAUCUUGUGGGCGACAACAACGUCAUCACAGUCAGUCUCAAAGGUGUGAAGGAGGGUAGCAUUGAUGACCUGGUGUUUGACACACUGAUUCCUAAACCCAUCAUUCAACGCUACUUAAACCUGCUGAUGGAGCACCGUAGAAUUAUCCUGUCUGGUCCCAGUGGAACCGGUAAAUCCUUCCUAGCCACUAAACUAGCUUACUACAUCAUCUCCAAGACUGGUCAAGAGGUGACUGACACUAACCUGGCUAGCUUCAAUGUGGACCAGAAAUCCAGCAAGCAGGAUCUUCGGCAGUUCCUUUCAAGCCUGGCUGAGCAGUGCAACACAGAGGAGUGUGAGAUCGAGCUGCCCUCUGUAGUUAUUCUUGAUAACCUCCAUCACAUUGGCUCCCUUAGUGACAUCUUUAAUGGAUUCCUCAACUGUAAAUAUCACAAAUGCCCGUAUGUCAUAGGAACUAUGAACCAGGGUGUGUCCUCAUCUCCAAACCUGGAGCUGCAUCACAACUUCAGGUGGGUGCUGUGUGCCAAUCACACUGAGCCAGUGAAGGGCUUCCUGGGCCGAUUCCUGAGAAGAAAGCUGAUUGAAACGGAGAUUGAUAAAAACAUGCGCAGUAACGACCUCAUCAAGAUCAUCGACUGGAUUCCUAAAACCUGGCAACACCUCAAUUCCUUCUUAGAGGCUCACAGCUCCUCAGACGUCACCAUCGGUCCUCGGCUGUUUCUGUCCUGUCCGAUGGACGCUGGUGGCUCACGUGUGUGGUUUACUGACCUGUGGAACUAUUCUCUGGUGCCAUAUCUGCUGGAAGCAGUACGAGAAGGACUGCAGCUGUAUGGUAAGAGGGCGGCAUGGGAGGACCCGUCCAAAUGGGUGAUUGACACCUACCCCUGGAGCUCCGCCUCCCUGCAGCAUGAAGGCCAGUCACUGCUGCAGCUGCGGCCGGAGGACGUGGGCUAUGAUGGCUACAGCUCCUCUAAAGACGGAGCCGCCUCCAAACAAGUAUCUCAGAGCGACACAGAGGGAGACCCACUGAUGAAUAUGCUAAUGAGGCUACAGGAAGCUGCUAACUACUCCAGUGCCCAGAGCUGUGACAGCGACAGUGCCAGUCACCACGACGACCUGCUGGACUCCUCACUGGAGUCUGCCCUCUAAGCCCCGCCCCAUCAGAAGAAGUCGUCUUCUAAUUGGUUUAAAAGCAGAGCAAAGGGCCUACAGGACUUUUGUGGUACAUGCCUCCAGUGGUAAAACGAUGCAGAGUCCAGGAUAUGGGGAAUGAAAAGGUGCUGGUGGCACACACAACACUGGCGAAAAGUGUGUGUGCCCACAUAAUAAAGAAAAAAAAAACACAACAACUGGAAUUUGUUGGAGGUGAUCUGUUAGUUAAACAUGUUUACAGAGGCAAGUGUUUCUUUUAAAUUCACUGAGGUGCAAAAACCUAAAGGGCAACAUUCUGAAAUCUGACCUCAGUUGAUAAACUGGUGCUGCCGUGGUGCCAAAACCAACUUGCGGCUUACACUUAUCUCGCCAGCACCAUUCAUGAAACGGCUCCAGCCAACAAGCACAAACGUGCAACGUGUCAUUACCGCUACUGUGAAAUCAUACGCAAAUUCGCAAAUCUCCACCACUCGUUUCACUGCCAAGCGUAUAGUGACCUACAGCACCCCUGCACCACACCGUUCCAUGCACUAGUAUUUCGUUGGAUCCCACGGCUGUGUGCGUAGUUCUUUCUCCUCUCCGCAGGUACGAGGCAACCGCUUGUAGGAGAGUGUACCAGCUUUGUGAAAAAGAGCAGAAAAUGGUGCUUUCUUGCUGCCUUAAAUGUGCUGAGCUCUGAAGACAUUUAAAUGUGGUGCCACUGUCCUUUUUCGCAGAAAUGAUGGGGUAGGACAGAACCAAUCGGACAUUUUCCGAAAUAUGCCACGUCCACAUAUUUUAUUUUUGUUACAUUAGUGUAAAACAUGGCAUUAAAAAGGUCCAAAUGUAUAAAAGUAAAAAAAAAGAUCUUUAUGUAAUCCCAGUUGAGCUGGGAUCACUUGAAACGAGAGCACAAAUCCGACUCGUCGCUUCGCUAGCAUGCGGUUUUUACUUUGCUUUAUGUGUGUACUUGCACACGGAAACGUUUUACUCUCCCGUGCGCCAGUGUUUGUGUAGUCGACGUUCAUUCAUCCUUUCUUUAGUUUGCUACAUGGGUUUUGCACAGUUGAAAAGGUGAUUGUAAAUAUCCAAGUCUUGCACAGCCUCUUAAAGAUGCACUCUGCCCGGUCGGUAUUGCGUUUCUGCUCUUCUAGACUAGCAUUACGCUCUUGUGAUUUACAGAGAAAAAAAAAAAAAGGCAAACCAGCAACCUGUCCAAACUGUAUAUGUCUUGUAUUGACUGCUUAUUAUACAGAGCUCUAAACUGUACAGUGAGAGGUGAAGUGUUUUUCAAUUUCAGAAAACCUUAGUGUUAAGGGCGUAAAAUCAUUCAAAGCGAUUCACUGUUUUAUCUUCACAAUGCAUCAGAGCCCAACCAUAUCUAAACCUGCAUAACACUGUUACACUUCCUGUCCUGCAGCUUUCAGAGACACUGGUCCUUUUGGACGUAAACCUCACUUAAAGACCCCAUGAAUGUUUUAUUGUAGAACCCGACUGCCGUACAAAAUAGCCAUUCUAAAGAUUGGAAUGAAAUGUGUAUGCAUCCUUAAAUGCAAAUAUGUUUAUGAAAGAUAAAAACUGUACAUUUUAAAAGUGUAUAUCAGCUUAAAGUAUUUCAAGAGUACUUUUAAGAGUACAAGAGCUUAUAAAUGACCUCAAAACUAAUAGGCAGACAAAAAACCACAAGACUCUUCAUUUUGAUUUCAUAGGAUUUUUUAAAACUCAUGUGUAGCAUUGCACUAGAUAACAAAAU